AUGGACGACGUCGUCAACGCGUUGGAACGUUUCCUUCGUGCUAACGUAUACGUGAGGAGAGUACAAGCCCGCGCUGCACAGUCGACUUCAGGCGUGGUGGGGGUCGAAGGACAAGAUUCAGAUGAUGACGAUGAUGAUGAUCGACGGAUGCCGCCACCGCUGGAACCGAUUCCUAACAUUCAGGUAAACGAUAGAGCGGUUAUCCGCCUUCCAUUCGUUCCGUUCAAUCGAUAUGUUCCCUAA